UAGACUGCAGUGGCAGUGGCAGCAGAAGCCAGCUCGCUGACUGCUGACGGAGAUUUGCUUGUAGUGAUCAUGGCUGUGCAAGCGAGGUGGCUUAGCUGUUCAGUAUUUUUAGCUUUAGUUAUUAGUCAAAUUAUUGCGGAAGUCCCGCACAAAAGAUUUGAGUACAAAUACAGCUUCAAGCCACCAUAUUUAGCACAAAAAGAUGGGUCUGUUCCCUUCUGGGAAUAUGGAGGAAAUGCAAUUGCUAGUGCUGAGAAUGUUCGAAUCGCUCCUUCACUGAGAAGUCAAAAGGGGGCCAUCUGGACGAAGGCCCCCACAAACUUUGACUGGUGGGAAGUGGAUAUUGUUUUCCGAGUCACUGGUAGAGGCCGUAUUGGUGCUGAUGGUCUUGCAUUUUGGUUUACUCAAAAUAAAGGAGCUUAUGAUGGGCAAGUGUUUGGGAGCUCUGACAAAUGGGUCGGCCUUGGUGUUUUAUUUGACUCCUUUGAUAAUGACAAUAAGCACAACAAUCCAUACAUAAUGGCUGUAUUAAAUGAUGGUACUCGAGAAUUUGAUCAUCAAAAUGAUGGAAGCACCCAAGCUCUCGCAGGAUGCCUUCGUGACUUUAGGAACAAGCCAUUCCCAACAAGAGCACGGAUUGAGUAUUAUAGAAACACAUUAACAGUGCUAUUCCACAGUGGCAUGACUGCUAGCGACCAGGAAUAUGAGAUGUGUCUGAGGGCUGAAAAUGUGCAUUUGCCUAAAAAUGGUUACUUUGGUGUAUCAGCAGCAACAGGUGGAUUAGCUGACGAUCAUGAUGUUUUACAUUUCUUGACUUCAAGUCUUCAUGCCCCUGGACAGAUGCCUGUACCUCAGGCUCCUCAGGUUAACGAAGAAGACCAGCGUAAACUGACCCAGGAGUAUGCUGACUAUCAACGUAAACUUGAUCAGCAGAAAGAAGUGUACCGUAAAGAGCACCCUGAUGCUCCAAUUAAGGAUAAAGAUGAAUUUGAAGAAUGGUUUGAGUCAGAUAAUCAAAGGGAGCUUCGUCAAAUUUUUCAAGGCCAGAGUCAGAUGUUUGAAGUUACCAGGGAACUCAACAGAAAAUUGGAUGAAAUUAUUGGUCGUCAGGAGCGCACACUUAGUCUAAUGUCUUCUCUACAAGGAGGUGGUGGCGUCCCUGUCGUUACUCAACAGCAACCAGGCCAGCCUCCUGUUCAAAUGAUUGACACAAUUAGGCGACAUGAAGUAGAUGUAGUGCUUCAGAACCAAAAUAGCAUUCUUUCCACCGCUCGUGAUUUGGUAGCAUUUGUUACUGAUGUCAGAACACGCACUGACACCAUUAUUUCCAACCAAGCAAGACAACCUACAGCUCAGGUUCAGUCUGUUGGAUAUGACAUGACAUCUUUGGUUAAUGAGAUGCGGGAUGGCCUCAACACUGUAAAGCGCGAUGUAGCAGCAGCAUCCGCAAAGUUGGGUAAUAUGCCAGGAGGUGGUUCAGCAGGUGGAAGCUGCCCUACUUGUCUCACCACCACAAUGUUUUUGGUGUUUGGAGUUGUUCAGCUAACUCUCUUAUUUGGAUAUUUUAUGUAUAGGGACAGCAAAGAAGCCCAGGCAAAGAAAUUUUUCUAAAAUAUCUACAUCAUCAUGAAAUCAAAGUUGACAAGUCAAUCAUUCCAUUCAUUAAAAUUCUCUAUUGAAUGUUGGUUUUAUAAAACAGUCUGAAAAAAUCCUCAUUUUUUUAAUUAUCUUUUUUUGUUUGUUUGUUUUGUAAAUUUUAAAGUUAGUUGUACUAUGUGAGCCCUAUUCGAGGAGGCCCAUGGUAGUUCUUCAUUUCAAGCUAAAAUAUUAGAAUGUGUCUGUCUUUACAUAAGUCUGGUUACAAUAUUAUGUUUGUUUGAUCUUGUUCUUUGGUAAUUUUCUGAAUGUAUUUAAAUCACAUUGUUCAUUUUAACAUCAGAUUUGUAUUAUUGUUAUCUGAAUAGUAUUGCGAUUUGUGUGGCUGCUCAGAAUAGUUUUUCAAUUCUGUACAUAAGCAUAAUAUUUGUGACUGAUACAUCAUUAACAUUACACUACAACAACUCUUACUACUACUUCUCAUCUGUGGGAAGUUUGCUAUUCAUUUUUAAGCCAACAAUUGCAUACGUAGUUCAACAGAAACAUUGAAAAUUAUUCUUAAAUUUUCUUGUUAUUUUUGUUACUGUACAGUAACUUUAUCACAAAUUUGUUUUAACACCAAAAUAUCUUGUUUUGUGAUUGCCAGUAGGCAUGCUCUCACAUUCCAUACCAUCUGCUCUCAUGCUAACUUAAACAGGAGCUUAGGGUGUGCAAGAAACUUCAUUGUCCUAAGUCUUGUGUUGUCGUACAUUAUAAUUGCUCAACUCGAAAAAACUUUCUAACUCAAUGUACCUCAUAAGAAAAUUUGCGUACUGUUGAUAAUGUUUGGAUUUCACUUGGGGGGGAAACCAAUUUGUACUUUUGUUUACUCUUGGAAAUCAAUCAACUUUUAUUGGAAGCUAUCAGAUUCUGCCUUUAUUUUGUUGGAAAUGGAUCAUUUGGAUCUUAAUAGAGUUGUCUGGAUCACAUAUAUAAUUUUAUUUUGCAUUAUUGUAUUUUUCAUUUCAAAAUUUUAUUUCUGAUUCCAAGCAUCUUAAUUUUCUAGAUAGUGUUGUGAUCUAACUAUAAUUUCUUUAGGGAAGUGUUAAUUUCUUUUUAGUGAAGUUCUUGAAUUGAGAAAAGUUCAACCUUAGAUUAGAUUUAUAUUAUUUUUGUUAAGUCUUAAAAGAAUGUACGUGGAACCUUUCUGUAUUAUCAAAGCUACUUUCAAUGGUCCAGUUCAUUGAACUCUUUCAAUGUCUUAUGAAACUUUGAUAUAUGUGGGUUUUCCGCUUUAUGUUAUGUUGAGUCUUGCUUGAGUGAAAUCUAUAUUGAAUGAAUGUUCUGAAUUUGAGUGAAAUUUGAGUUGUUCAAUAUGUGAUAGGACUUUUUAUAAUAAAACUGGAAGUGUGUGUGUUCUCUUAAAUAAAUGGUUAAAUUUUUCA